ACGAUCGUUCGCCUUGGACAGCCUUUUGGCACAAUUCUGCUGGUAGCGCAACAGCGUUAUGGGGAGAGAUAAUCGCGUCGGAUCACAGUGACAUCGCACGGGGCAAGGACGUGGCUUCUGUUGAUAAUAUCACAGUUAUUAGGAUGUUGGAGAUGUUGUAGUAUACACUUUGACGUAUGCAGAUUUCUGACGCGUUUCAUUCAUACCCUGACGGCACUUACGUGGGACAAUCUCCCAAGGUAUUUGUAUUAUAUCGAUACCAAUCACUCGUCAUACACCAGUCACGGUGCGUCCUUGCUAUCUUCAUCGUUUCCACUUGGCUUCCACCCCCAACAAAUCAUUCCUACAGGAACUCCUUGCUUAUUCGGCUUCGAAAUGGGCUCUGCAGGAUGUUUGCGAACCGAUGGCUGCAAAAUUCGCUGCAGGAUACACCACCCACCAUGUGGACAAUUUGCAUCGUCAGGCUGCCACUGUUUCCAACCUUGCACAACCUUGCGCCAUGCUGCAUGCGGCGUGUUUCGCUACACGAGCUGCUUGACCUGUGGCCUCUCGCCGUCUCAGUGACACAUAGCUACAUCGGCAUAUUUUCGAUGGGUGAGAUCCUGAUCCCAAACGAAGGGGUUUUGUGCACUAAUGUACGCCAACUGUGUGCUUGGCAAUGUGGUGCACGUACGUGUUGGGCCCUGUUGCCUAUCUUGAGUUAUCCCGCGGACAUUCUAUGCGCAUGUUUGCCUGAGUUGCUCGUCUUCGGGCUAUUCCUGCAGUUGUUUGUCUCUGCGAGUAACCCCCCUGAAAAUACACAUUCAUAGUAAAUGGACCUGAGACACAGGAACUUAAAGGGAAACGCUGGAUGCUAGCUGUUCUCUUUAAUGCCUCUUUAGGCUGGCCCGUGGCAGGCAUUAUGAUCACUGGGUGCAUGUCACAAUCACUCCUAACUCGUAUGCGACCGU